AUGCUUAAACUCUUCUCACAUUCACACAUUCAACUUUCUAUAGAUAUUUUUUUCUUUGGAAUUUUUAUUUUUCCCCUUUUUUUGUUCAUUUCUUCAUUUAUUUGUCUACUCUUCUUUCUUUCUUUCAAUACCAAAUUUCUUUCUUUCAAUGCCAAAUUUCUUUCUUUCUUUUUUUCUUUCUUAGACGUAAAUUUUCCUUCUUUUUUUCUUUCCUUCAAAUUCCAUUUUUUUUCCUUUUUUCAUUUUUACCGUUCUCUAAUCUCUAUCUAUUUUCUUUCUCUUUUUCUACUCUUUCAUUCUUUCGCAAAAGAAGAAUCUUCGGGCUUUUUCAGGAAUAAUGCAUUUCUCAGUUCUUUAUUUGGCGUUAUUUUUGCCAUUCUUGUUUUCUUUCUUUAUUCUUCCUCCCUUGAUUUUUUUCUUUCUUUCUUUCAUUUCGUUCCUGCUUUCUUUCUUUUCUUUUCUUUUCUUUUCUUUUCUUUUCAUUUCUUUUUUUUCUUUCUUUCUUUUCAUUUCUUUUCUUCCUUUCUUUCUUUUUAUUUCUUUUCUUUCUUUCUUUCUUUUCAUUAUUUUUUUUUUUUUUUUCUUUCUUUCUUUUCAUUUCUUUUCUUUCUUUUUUCUUUCUUUCAUUUCACUUCUUUUUUCUUUUCAUUUCUUUUCUUUCUUUUUUCUUUCUUUCUUUUCAUUUCUUUUCUUUCUUUCUUUCUUUCUUUCUUUCAUUUCACUUCUUUUUUCUUUUCUUUUCUUUUCUUUCUUUCUUUCUUUUCAUUUCUUUUCUUUCUUUCUUUCUUUCUUUCUUUCUUUCUUUCUUGA